UGGAAGCUGCACAUGCUGCUCUUAAAAAAUAUUUACAGUGUCUACAGCUAGAAGAAUUGGCAAACACAUCUCCUGUUGUUUUAGAAGAUCUGGUUAUUAGUAAAUCUCGAGGAAGGCCAGUUGACGCUAGAAACAAGAACAAAAGAAUGAUGCAAAGAGAACUAUCUGAAUUUGAACAU